CUCCGACAUGUGGCUGUUACAGAACGACGAGUUUCCUGCGGAUUUGAACACGCUUUCACGAAGACUUGGACAGUCAAUGCAGAUUCGUCUAUUUCGCCGGAGUCAACGGCUGCGAGAAAAUGCGAAGCUUCGUAAUUCUCGUCUUAAUUUUUGGCCUGAGUAACGCUGAUGUCAAGCAUGACGUUGCGAAUUAUUUGCGAUUCCCCGAAGGUUUCGUCAUCGGGGCCAGCACGGCUGCUCAUCAAAUUGAAGGCUCUUGGAACGCCACUGGAAAGGGAAUAAGUAUUUGGGACCAUUACACUCACGCCGAUAGCAGUCGUAUUAUGAAUCACGACAAUGCUGAUAUCGCAUGUGAUUCUUACAAUAAGUACAAGCAAGAUAUUCAGUUACUGAAGGAAUUGGGAUUCGACGCUUAUCGUUUUUCCAUCAGUUGGACGAGGAUACUACCGACUGGUUUUUCGAACACUGUUAAUCGACCUGGCAUCGAACAUUACAAGAAUCUUAUCGAUGAGCUUUUGGCGAAUGGGAUUGAGCCAAUAGUGACGAUGUUGCAUUGGGAUCAUCCGCAGAGUAUGGAAGAUCUUGGGGGCUGGACAAACGAGAAAAUGAUCGAUUGGUUCGUUGAUUAUGCACGAAUACUGUUUCAGGAACUUGGGCCAAAGGUUAAAAAGUGGGUGACGAUGAAUGAGCCAGAAGCUCACUGUGUCAAGGGCUAUUCUCUUGGUGAUCAUGCACCUGGUAAAAAAGUUCACGGUAUUGCCGAAUAUCUGUGCACUCACAACGCCCUCAAAGCUCAUGCAAGCGUCUACAGAUUGUAUCAGAAUCAAUUCAAAUCCUUACAAAAUGGCAUUAUUGGUCUCAGCUUCAACAUGAUGAAUUACUACCCGAAAAAUCCGAACGUCGAUCAAACAGCUGCUGACACAGCUUUCACAUUCGGUAACGGUUGGAUGUUUCAUCCCAUAUUCUCUGCAACUGGUGAUUAUCCUGAAAUUAUAAAAAAACUUGUUGCCGAAAAUAGUGCAAGACAAGGCUUCCAAAGAUCACGGCUUCCGGAAUUCACGACGGAAUGGGUCAACAAGAUCAGAGGUUCCGCGGAUUUUUUGGGACUGAAUCAUUACACUUCUUGGCUCGUUGAGUCCGGAGCAACAGGAAGCGUUCCGUCUUUUCUUCAUGACCGUGGUAUCUCGAGGAGUCCUGAUCCAGCCUGGGAGAAAGCUUCAUCUACGUGGCUAAACGUCGUACCCGAAGGCUUUGGUGAUCUUUUGCGAAAAAUCGCAAGUGAUUACGGAAACCCAGUGAUUUACGUAUUGGAAAAUGGCGUAUCCGACCGAGGAGAAACUCUUGAUUUGUUCAGAAUUCGUUACUAUCACGAUUACGUGAAAAGUAUGCUCAUUGCGAUGAAUCGUGACCACGUCAAUGUUAAAGGAUACUUCGUUUGGUCGUUGCUCGAUAAUUUCGAAUGGGAUAUGGGUUACAGCGAGUGCUUUGGCAUCGUCAAGGUAAACUUCACAGAUCCCGAGAGACAACGCACGCCUAAAGAAUCAGCACUGUGGUGGAAGAGGGUAUUGAAAAGUCGCCAUCUUGAACCAGUUCCCUAGACAAGGAAACUGUGAAAUGUUCAUUUUUUUUUCAAGCUGCGCUCCAUCCAGAGUCUCUAGCAUAAACAAAGUUUUGUGACUUUCUUCUGCAGCAGAGAAAAAUUGAACUUCGAGAUACUUCGUAGAGUAUACCAACACAUUCGUGCUGCUAUGAUGUUUAAUGCAAUAGAGAAGAAUAGUUCAUUAGGUUUUCAUUCGGACACUAUAUUACUCUUGCUGUAGUAAAAAAAAAACCUCGUCGCCCACGCCAACACAGUCAACAGUAAUCCUCGAAAGUCCAAUAAAAGUGAUAAAUCCAACAGAUAUUCGAAAUCAUGUGGAAAAAAAACAUUUCGAUGAAUGGAAAAUCAGAAAGCAUUUAUCCGUUCAUGGUCGAAUGAAAAAAAAUAAGGAGUCGAUAUACAGUUGAUUGCGCUGCAUGCGCGCCCUGAGUUACAGAAAUAACCGUUAACGGCUUCCCUUUCGAAGGGAAUCCCGAAGUUCUAGACUUUUAACGAAGUAAAACGUUUAUCGAGGCUCUCUGAAUCGGGCUAAAUUUCCUGAGGGCCCGAUAACGAGGACCUGAAGUAAUUUUUAAACUGGAUGGAUGAAAGGAGAGAAAUUUUACAAAUCUUUCCCUCCUUCUCUCUAUCACGCUUUCCUAAAUUUCACCAGAUAUACCGACUUGCAGUGCAAUCAAACUACACAAUUGUGGAAAAAGCACGCGCUCCCAUCACCACCUUUUCAUCAUAGUUGUUCCACCGGUCGACAUUUGAUUUUUAUAACACGCGACGAGUCUCUCCAAUGCCGUUGGCUUUGACGCUUCGAAGACUGUGGGAAUCUAUCAAAAAGAUUUACUCGCCUAUACGUCGCACGCAAUUUCCACAAAAUUUAUCAAAUUCAAGGCUUAAUGACUAAGAAUGGGGAUUAUGCGAGGAAUUCAGCGAGGAAUUAAAAUAAAUUGAUGCAAAACGAAAA